AUGGAAGAUUCCCCGCGUCUCCGAUCGCAAGCAUUGCGGAAGAUAGCUUCACUGUCUGCUACAUCAACAAAAGCCUCCAAGAAGCCAGACCUGACCAGACUCUACCAUGCUUGCCCUUCUGCCGAAUCACCCCACUCUGCUCACUCCCUUUCACAGUCUCCAAUUAGCCUGUCCGAGCUUGACGUACUAUUUGCUUUGUGUAAAGCCGCGCCACUGCUGGAUCAUGUGGACAACGCAGAACGGCUUCUCAGGCAACUGUCACCUUACCUGGGUGAGGCACAUGCUCAAGCUAUUGCCCCCUCGCCUUUCCUACGCUUGAUCGAACCAUCACCAUGGGAAGCACUCAGCUUUAACUUGACCAGCGCUCUACUUGUAAUCGGAAUUCGGCAUCCAGACCUUCAUGACCCAAUUUUUGCCUGCAUAACAGGAUACUUACGCAACUGCCUUAGCACCGUCAACGCUGCUUCUGGAAAGCGCUCCCACUCUGAAGGAUCCAGCAGCGACAAUGGCAUUGAAGAAAACCUUGAGAUUGCAGCCGUGUCAGUUUCCCUUCUGGGAUUCUUAGAGGCUGCUUCUCUCUACACAAACUUCUACAGUAUCUCCGAAAGGUAUGACUUGGUAGAAAUACUUCGUCAAAUACUCGAUGAAGAUCUCAUGGUUUCAGUGGAGGGUGUUUUCUCCUCAGUUCGCACUGCUGAAAGUACUUCGAGAAUUUUGAUGACCUGGAAGUCAUACACAAAACGUUAUGCCGCCUCUGGAAGACCGCUGGGAGCGAUGCUUCUACAGCGUGGAUUCAUGAGACUAUUAGUGUCCUGCAGUUCGUUACAAGUAUCUCCGGCCGAGAAGUUACAGAAGACAGACAUUUUCGAUAUAGUGACGGCCGAGGAACAUUUCACUCCUCGCGAGCACCAGAAUGCCACCAUGUCUCUGUUGGAACUACUGUCUGAUGUUGCAGCUGAAUCAAUGCGUCUACUCGAAGACGGAUCCGACUAUCUUCAGCUUGGCUCCGCGUGGCAGCAGCGGCUGGCCUUUGCCGUCAAAGCACACACUUUGCACACUUUCCUAAAUUGCAUGAUAGUUGAAGAGGAGAUUGCUGACGCUGACGUUCUCCUGUCGUGGCUUGAAGAUACUAUGGCUGAUCCCAUUCAGAUGGCUGAUGAUACAUUAGCAUGUGUCGUACUAAAGUCAAUGGCUGUAGUUGCCAAAUUCUCUCCUGCGAUCGCUUCCAAUCUUAGUCGCUCGCUGCCAAGAUUCAUUGUGCAAGGCGGCGUCAAAGGCGAAACGGUCAUCGUAGCCGCUCGCAGCUUGACAUUAAUACUUCGUAUGUUGCCACCAGAUGCGAUUAUCACGGGCCUCUACUCGCUCGGCAAUGUCCUAAGCGCUCGAGCCGGUACCGACAGGACUAUUGGUAGCUCAGACGUGCUAAAUGGGACUGCAAAUGCUUCUAGAACCACUGCACAAUAUACCCAGCAUUCUACUGGUAGUGCCAUCUCGUUGGACUUAAGUGGCGAGGAGGAGACUUCCGCUGCCUAUGGCAGCAUAGUGCGUACCAUUGUCAGCAUCGCAAACAUCUGUCAAGACGACAAAAUUACGGCACUGGCGCAUUCAAUGCUUGUACAGAAGCUCGGGCGAGUGAGCUUGACAAUAGACCUACAUAUUAUUACAGAAACUGCCAGACUCGCCACGGUUGGGGGUUUCGUCGAGUUCAGAUCGCUGCUUAAACUGUACGCCAGACUAGGUCACGAUGCUAUCAUUCGAGGUAACCAGAUCCUUUUGGACACGGUGAGGAAUGCCAGACUGUUCAUCGCAAAAGCCUUGGGCCAUGACUCGCCCUUAUAUCAGAUCUACUUGGUCCAUCUGCUCGAGACCAUCGUCAGCAAGGGAGACGUUCAUGAAAGCGACAAUACCCAUCAGGCCGAUGUUGAUCUUGCCGCUCGAGAAAUCAUAGAGUUGCUCCCGCCUCUGGCUACUCUUGCAACUGUCAGAACAGACAAAGAGGGUAUUAGCGAUGACGAGAAUGUUGCACGUCUCCAUCACGAAGCAUGGUUCAACGUGGUUGUGCACGGCAUCACCCCAACUUCCUCAUACGGCCAACAGUGCGCCAACGAGCUACGUACUCUUGCAAUGCAGUCGAGGCCGCUCAUCCCUGAAGAUCGCGCUGAUCAGUUCGAGAGCGAAAUCGAGCUCAAUACUGUACUGCGACGAGGAAUGAAUGCUCCCCACACUGCAGAACAGAAGAAGCGUCUCAUUCUCCUACUGCCAAAAUGUGAAUCUGAUAUUAGAGGCUUGAGCUAUCCGAAGGUUAUAUUUCUCAAUGCUGCAUACCUAGUAGAGACACUAAGGGCAGGUGCGGGUGAUUGCUCUCAUGUCCUGACCUAUUUCUUGGAUCCGAGUCUCAAUGGUAGCGCUAUGGAAAACUGUAUGGGAGCGAUAGCAGACGAUGUUAUGACAGUUUACCUGAGGAGAAACAUGACUGCCCCUCACCAAGACAAUUCAGCGCCCUUGAUUGCCACACAGCUAGCAUCCAUGUUUACUGGCUGCUGUCACCGAGUUCCUAGAGUACAGCAAGUCGCUGCUUCUUGCGCCGACAAAAUCAUCAGUCAGAUGCCCUCUUCUCUCUGCCAGAAGUCGUCUCUCUUUGCUCUUCUAGAAUUGCUUUCAAUCAUGUGGACCAGCUGUCUCGAAGCAGAGCUAGAUGAAUAUGAAUUGAAAGCAAAUUACGUGUCUGUGCGGGCAAGAGUGUCAGUGGAGCUUUCGGAUGACUACGAUCUUCGAAGAAGCACGCUCAACAACCUCUACAGGCGGGCAAAAAAAUGGGUGACGGCUGUCAUUAAUAUCGCGCCUCUCGAUGUCAAAGGGUUGCUACAGACAUACCUUUCUGAGUACGAUGAUGAGGGAGCAUAUGGCCAUGUGUCUUUAGGAAGAAGCUUCGCAUUGGAUAUGGGUUCCGUCAUACCGUCGGCGGAUCAGAAACUAGCAGUCAUUGACCAUCAUGGGGAGUGUAAUAUCAAUACCGCCUCCGAUUUUAUUGCUCAAUACACCACACGCCAGGAGUAUAGAUAUGCCGAUGGUCUACCUGAUUACGAUCAAGAGUGGGCAGCCUUUCUGCAUCUCAAGGGGAAGGCAGACCAACCUGCAGACGGGGGGUACAACAGAGGCAGGGGAUGA